UUUCAAUUAAGAAUAUGCAAAUGAAUCUCAAGUUCUGCAUUGCAAGAUUAUUGAGUUGGAUACAAGAAUUAAAUUGAUCAUAAAAGGAAAAAAAAUGAAGAAAAUUAUUACAGAGAACACGUGCUUAACUAGUGAAUUAGAGAGUUCAUACAAUGAGUUCAAUCAAUCUACAAUUUUUUGCAUACGGUUUAUGAAAAGAAAAAACAAAAUAGACACAGAAAAUAUACUCUAAAGUUAUUAAGUAAAAACAGUGGGUGAAAUUUGGUACAAAACUUAGCUAUCCAUUGACAUGUAUGUGGAAAAACUACUUCCACCACUCAUAAUGGAAUUUUUUUUUUGUUUAACUGGCCGUAGCUAUGGAAUUCAGGCACAUCAAUUGUGAAUUUAUGAGAGAGGACCUUCAAGGAAAUUGUUGAAUAAACCUAAUCCGUGAGAAUAAUGGAAUCAACGUGACGUGAUACACCCCACACAAAGAGAAAAGUAUGCGCUUAAAAAUCCAAUUUUAUGUGAAAAAUUUUCCCUGAAAAUGGCUCGUAUAUAUGAUAUAAGUAAUUUUCUUCUUUAUAUUAAUAUGUUCAGAUGAAAUUUCUUUAGUGCCUAUAGACAUGCAUAGCAGAAUUAACUUAUGAUGUUGACCCGUAUUGACCGUAAUCGAUGAUAACUCCUGAUUUUCAUCUAUAAUAUAAAACCAUUGCAAGGCCUGCAGCAUGAUUUCAUUCGGGACGUUAAAUAUGAGUCCUCUAACUCUACUUCUUUUCUUUCUUUUCAGAUUGAUUCAUCUUCCAAUUCCCAACCAUGCCCAACUCAUAGAUUGUACAUCAAGCGCUGAAUAUUGCUGGAAUUGCAGUUCCAACGGUGGAAACUACUCUGCUAAUAGCUUGUACCAAAGAAACCUCAACAAUCUCUUGCUCUCUUUUCCUUCUGUAGCACUAGCACCAAAGACCAUCAGAUUUUACAACCUGUCAUCGCCACAAGUAUUAAACAAAGUAAACGUAAUCGCUCUAUGCAGAGGAGACGUUGAUUCGACCAAUUGCCUAUCUUGCUUAAACACCACUAGUCGUAUGAUUUUGGAUCAGUGUCCAAAUCAGAUGGAAGCAAUCUUAUGGGGCGAGAGAUGUAUGGUACGUUACUCGAACAGGUCUAUAUAUCAAGUGUUAGAGGAAGACCCCAGUGGAAUGUUGCCAAGCCCGAAUCCUGUACCUGACCCUGAAGUGUUUAAAAACGUAUUAAAGCCUCUGCUUGACAAGUUAAUUAACGAAACUAGUUCUAAUGAAAGACUGUACGGAACAGGAAACGCUAAAGUCGCUGACGCUAAGCCAAUAUACGCCCUUGCCCAAUGCACACCAGACUUGACCGAGAAGGAGUGUAAAGCUUGCUUGCAAGACUCAAGUUCCAGGCUUCCAGGUUGUUGCGCUGGAGUAGAUGGAGCAAGAAUACUUAAACCCAGCUGUCAUCUCAGGUUCGAGAACGGUCCCUUUUACAGCACUACGGCACCUCAACAAAACGGUGUAUGUACAGACAACGCUGAAUAUUGCUGGAAGUGUUUAGCCAGUGAAAAUGACACUAGUAUCAACAUGUUCAUGACAAAUGUCAAAGAACUCCUGUCUUCUUUCUCUUCUGAUAAAACUCGAAGUGCUUACGGGUUUUUCAAUUCUUCCAUAGGAGAAAACUCAAAUAAAGCCUACGCUAUUGCACUUUGUAGAGGAGACCUUUCCCCAGAAAGUUGCCGGAGCUGUGUGAGUAGCUCUAGUAAAAAUAUCUUGGACAACUGUCCAAAUAGGUGGGAGGCUAUCCUAUGGGACGAGCUUUGUAUGGUAAGGUACAACAACUCAAUAUUCUCUGCGAGAAAUGAUGACCCUAGGAUGUAUAUCCCGAAUCCAAACAACGUUUGGGAAUCCAAUCUGUUUAGGCUUACCCUUAAACCGUUGUUGGAUAAGAUAACUAGCAAAGCUUCUAUGGGUGAUUCUUUAAAGAAGUACGAUUCUGGACAAGCCACUGUUCCAGGAUACGAAACCAUAUAUGCAGCCGCGCAGUGUACUCCUGAUUUGGACAAAGAUGAGUGUUACGGCUGCUUAGACGAUGCUGCCAAUUUCAUUCCUCAACAGUUUGAUGGGAAGCAAGGUGGCAGAAUUCUUAAACCAAGUUGUAACUUAAGGUUCGAAGUGAAGCCAUUCUUUAGUGCUACGGCUGAUCCAGUACUGUCUCCUAAUUUAUCUGAAGGAAAAAAUACUACAGCACGAAAUGUUGCUAUAGCUGUUGUUAUUCCGUCUGUUGCAGUUGUGAUAAUUAUCAUUAUGAUAUGCACUUUUCUGAAGUUAAAGAAGAAGCCGAGUGAAAAUCUUAAAAUUGAAGCUGAAGCUGAAGUUGAAGAGGACAUCAGCUGGGAUGAUUCUUUGCAAUUCAACUUAGACACCAUGAUGAAAGCAACCUGUGACUUUUCCGAUGAAAACAAACUUGGAGAAGGUGGAUUUGGAUCCGUUUACAAGGGGAGGCUAUCUAAUGGACAGUAUAUAGCAGUGAAACGGCUCUCCAAGACUUCUGGACAGGGUGACGAAGAGUUUAAAAAUGAAGUUAAGCUUGUUGCGAAACUCCAACACCGAAAUUUAGUUAGACUCCUAGGCUUCUGCUUGGAUGGAAAAGAAAGACUUCUCGUUUAUGAAUACGUAUCAAAUUCAAGCCUUGAUCGAUUCAUAUUUGAUCCAACAAAGCGUGCAGAAUUGGAUUGGGAUAUACGUUACAAAAUAAUCCAAGGCAUUGUUCGGGGUCUACUUUACCUUCACGAGGACUCUCGUCUAAGAAUUAUUCAUCGUGACCUCAAAGCUAGUAAUAUAUUGUUGGAUGAGGAAAUGACCCCAAAGAUAGCAGAUUUUGGAAUGGCAAGGUUAUUUGUGUUCGAUCAAACCCAAGACAAAACUAAUCGGAUUGUGGGUACCUACGGAUAUAUGUCUCCAGAGUACACACUUCAUGGACAAUUUUCUGUCAAGUCUGAUGUAUAUAGCUUUGGAGUCUUACUAUUGGAGAUUGUCAAAGGAGAAAAGAAUAGCAGUUUUCAAAAUGGGGAGGACAUGGAGGACCUUUUAACCUACGCAUGGAGAAACUGGAACGAGGGGACAGCUGCAAAUCUUAUAGACCCGAAAAUUCUGUUGGGUUCAAGAUCUGAGAUUCUUAGAUGCAUCCAAAUUGGACUAUUGUGUGUUCAAGAAGAUGUGGCAGACAGACCAACCGUGAAUUCGAUUGUUCUCAUGCUAAAUAGCCACUCUGUUACAAUCCGCGCCCCUUCUAAACCUGCAUUUUUCAUGCAUAGUAAUUUUGGACCAGAGAUGUCGUUAUCCUCCAAUAAUAGUAACUCAGCAGCGUCUCAAUCACACGGCCACGGUUCAAAGAGUGACUCUAAUCAAGCAUCCAAAAAUGAGGCCUCAAUGACUGAACUCACCCCUCGCUAGCCAACAAAAUCAAUCAAAUAUUUGAAUAUGAAUAUGGUUUAUGUCUGAAGUCACGUUAAUAUGCCCCCUGUUCUGUCUUUGGUUUUUGGUAGUGGUCCUAAUUUGUGAGAGUGAGAAUGGUCAUGUAUUGCGUUUAAAUGCAUCUCAAGUGUCUAGUUUGCAUAAUUUUAUAUAAAUCUGAAUCUUUAUUACCUGCUUUAUUUAAACUAUAUUUCGCUGGUUAUCAUCUUGGAAAUUUAAGCUAUUAUAAAAGUAGUUUAAGAACGUUAUUUAUUUCAUGU